AAAAAAUUAUCAUUAUUAAGAUGGCAGACAGAAAAAGGAAAACUAGCUGACAGCGGCUAACGAGUAGUGUGAUUAAUACACCGAAGUUGUUCAUAUUUCUUCUGAGAUUAUAACUCCAUAUAUAGACUGUCACCAUGACGAUGAUGUCGGUGACUUUUGAGGUGAUGUUCCGGGUGGCGGUAGAGGUGGAGAAAGAUGAGGUGGUGUGUGUGGUGGGGGACUGUGACCGCCUCGGAAACUGGGACCCCCACCACGCGGUGGUGCUGACGCGGGAGUCCACCAGCCCCUCACAGUGUAGGAAGAACAAGGAGGAAGCCAGUGGGUGCACAGAGGGAAAACAGGCAACAUGUGAUGUUUGGAGGAAGAGAGUAAAACUGUGUGGAAUGAAAAAGUACUGCUACAGAUACUUUGUUUGUCAAAUAAUGGAGUCGGACAGUGAAUCUACGGACAAAUCUGUGAAGGUCAUUCGCUGGGAAACUAACAUUGCACCCAGGAUCUUUUCUCCCACAGACUAUAUGCAAGAUCCACUCAAGUAUGAUGCAACAAUAGAAAAAUUUGGGGAAUAUGGUGGAAAAUUCCAUGUAACUAAUGGAUGGUUGACAGACCAACUAGAAAUACAUAUCCGUAUGCAUGGCAACCCAAUUCGUAUGUGGAAGCCCAAAUACAGAAAGCAGACUUACAGAAUAAAGUGCACUCCUCUUGAUCAACGAUACCAAGACCAUUUAGAUGAAGAUGAGGAGGAAGAUGAAUGGGGAACACAUGUGUCACCACCAGCUACCUUCACCAAAGUGCUAGUGUCU